AUGGGUGGAAAUUUGACAACAAUAUCCACUGAUAAGUUGAGCGGUCGGCCCUCCAGCCGUCAUUUUUUCAGUUCCGGAGGAGAUUAUGACGCUUCCGUUUCUAGGGACAAAAAGAAGCGAGCUUUCAAAUUUACAACUUUGCGUAAAAAGUUACUAAGAACUCGACGUCACAGCCGAAAUUAUGAUUAUGCCAAACAUUUGAGAGAUUUGAUUUCGACGUGGUCCAUUCGGGAAAUACACUCAUUGGCCGAUGAAUAUGACAACAUGGUUGCUAUGAAGGAAUUGUUCGUUAUGGCCAACUUGGCCAGGGCUAGUGGCAAUACAAUAGUUGAUGAUUUAGCUUUGUUGUACCAGAACAAAUAUUGUUCUGAUGUUGACUUGGUGUACUUGGGGGUAGUUUAUCCGGCCCAUAAAGCCAUUUUAUGUGCUAGAUGCGCAUUUUUCAGGGACCUUCUUAGUCACCAAAUGAAUGUACCAAAAGUGAAAGUUGAAGUUUGUGUCAAAACAGAGGGGAUUGAUGGGUCCUUGUUUUCUGCACUUUUGAAGUAUCUCUACACAGGUGAUUUUGGAUUAGAUGGACCCAGUUUGAGCAGGUUGAAGCCCGUUUUAUCACAACUAUCCAUUGAAUUCGGGGCACCCAAUUCAUUAGAGCACGAUUUGAAAAUUUUGUUAGAAACUGGAAUGUUCUCUGACGCAGUGCUGACAUUUUCAACAGGAAUAAACAACCAAUAUUCUUGUUACUCCCCGAUCGCUUUAUCACCUCACCAACAACAUCCUCACCACCAGUACCAUUCACAGAUGUCUGAUCCUGCUAAUCAAGUUUAUUUACCAUGUCACAAGGCCAUACUAGCAGCUAGGUCUCCAUUUUUUAGAAAUUUAAUCACAAGACGAACUCGCUCCGAAACAUCAAUGCACAAUCUUGACAACAAAAUUAAACAAUGUUCUGAAUAUAACUUCCACCAAAGGAAGACAAUUAUCUUACUGGAUGAAUCUGUUAUUCCAUCUCGUUUUGCAAGGAUUCUCCUGAAUGCUGUCUAUCAGGAUCAGGUUGAUUUAAACAACUUACAUAACAGACUGUUACAACAGACCACGUCCUCUUCAGUAUCAACUGCACCACAGUUACAUCCAUCAUUCGUUGAUGAUGCCAUGGAGUUGUAUCACAUUGGCCAGUUCAUUGAUUUUCCCGCUCUUGCUCAAAAUUGUGAAGACAUAAUAGCUGAGCUUCUGACAGUGGAGAAUUUAUUGCCAGUGUUGCAUUGGAGCAGUCAGCCACAUGGUUCCACAUGGAUUCAUAGACAAGCCACGAACUAUCUUCUAGAAGAGUUCAUACAAUUUGUGCAAUCUUCAUCUUCCUCGUCGUCUUCAUCGUCCUCAUCAUCGUUGUCGUCAUCUUCUUCAUCUUCAUUAUCUUCUAAUUCUUUUCUCUCACUUGAUAAGUCCUACUUGUUGGAAGCUGUCAGAUCUGAUUUCUUGCAGGCGAGUGAGCUUGAUGUCUUAUCGGCAGUGGUCAGGUGGGGAGAGCACAGACUUAUCAAGAGAAUCGAAGAACAAGAGCCUAACCUACUGAGCCAUACAGCGCACAGUGUAAGUAAGAAAGGAGUUAAGAAGCGAGAUCUGAACGAUUCAGAUUUGCGCGACAUCCUCUCCGAUGUUUUACCACACAUUCGAGUCGAGCACCUCAUCCCGUCGAACAACGAGAUAGUCGUGUCCGCCAUCAAACGAGGUCUCAUUCACUGGCCUUCCUGUCGAGAGAACAACCUGUCAUCUGCCUCUUGCUGGGUCAAAACUCGACACAUCGGAGCCUACAGAAGACCAAGACUCUUCACGCCUUACUAUGACGAGAUUAAGUCUAUAGUGAAAGAGCAGAGUUUGAAGAGUUUCGAUGAACUGACUCACAUGCGAGUGGUGCACACCUGUGCCGUCCCCGAUGCCCUCUACAUGCUAGAUGACCAUGUCUACACUCCUAAGCUCCACAAACAGUGGUCAUUUUCGUCAUCAACCGUCGAUAUCAUUGCUGGCACCAUUCCCUUGCCAGAUCGAACAAUAGUAGAAGAGAUGAAACGCCGAGAAUCAGAGCUCUCCAACAGCAAGUCUGCUCAAAGAGCCUACUCUACAUCUCUUGGGGCAUUUGAUUUCAGAGGUACAAGUUUCAAUUUUCUGGCGGGUAGUUUUGACAGGUCAGAGGUCAUCAAGCAGAUCAGGUUGAGGGUGGUUAGGGAGUUUGGACUACCUGACUCCACUAUUGAAAUUCUUCACGGGCCUCCUAUGGUCGGUCUGCAUCCUUUCCAGCUACAACCAAGUUUGUUUGCUUUCACGUGCUGUUUUUUUUUAUUUUGUAUUUCACUCAUUUGGAGUUGA